AUGCCUUGGUCUUAUCUAAAAACUCAUCCACAAAUUUUAAUACUUACUAUAUCAUCAACUGUUGCUAUUGCAGGAUGUAUAUGGAGAGUAAUAAAACGAUAUCCAUCAACAAUUAUUAUGAUUCCAACAGAAGAAAAUCAAUUUAUAAUUAAUAAAUGUCCAUCAUUUAAAGAAUAUCGUCCAACACCAUGGAUAUUUAAUGGUCAUUUUAUGACAAUACUUGGUGUUAUGUUUCGUCCAUUACCUAAUGUAUUAUAUCAACGUAUUCUUCUUCCAGUUGAUGAUAUUGGUGGAACAAUUGCUAUUGAUUGGCAUAAACAGCCAUAUGAAGGACAACCAAUUUUAGUAAUUCUUCAUGGUUUAACCGGUGGAUCUGAUAAUGAAUAUAUUCGUUGGAUGACUUUAUCAGCUUAUUCAAAACUUAACAUAUGUUGUGUAGUUAUACAUGCACGUGGAUGUGGUCGAUCAGAAUUAACAUCACCAAGAUCAUUUUGUGCUGCUGAUACAAAUGAUUUACGUAUAUCAAUUAAAUAUAUUCGUUCUAUUGUUGGAAAUCAUACACCUUUAUUUGCUGUUGGUUAUUCUCUUGGUGCUGGUAUAUUAACAAAAUAUAUUGGUGAAGAAAGUAAUGGGUGUCCAUUAGAUGGUGCAGUUGUUUGUUGUGCUAGUUUUGAUAUGCAUUUAUCAACAGCUAAUAUGGAACAACUAUUACAUAUAUAUACAUAUAAUCGUCGUUUAACAAAUAAUCUUAUAAGAUAUAUACGACAACAUGAACAUCAUUUUCUUAAACCUGAAUUAUUACCAAAUAUUAAUAUGAAUCAAGCAUAUCAAUCUAAAACAAUACGUGAUUUUGAUAAACAUAUUGUUGUACCACAAUAUGGUUUCCGUGAUGUUGAACAUUAUUAUAGUGAAGCAUCAUCUAAUGUAUGGUUAAAAUCUAUACGAAUUCCAACACUUAUAUUAAGUGCUAUUGAUGAUCCAAUAUGUCCAAUAGAAGGUUUACCUAUUGAUGAUGUUUUACAAAAUCCAUAUUUAAUUGCAAUUAAAACAUUAGAAGGUGGUCAUGUUAGUUAUCUACAAGGUUGGUGGCCACGAACAUAUUCUUAUGAUAAUACUGUUGUUAUUGAUUAUAUUAAAGCGAGACUUAAACAAAUGAAUUAUCAAUGGAAAAAAGAUAAUCAUAAUCAAAAACUACUUAAUAUUCAUUUGAUAUAA